AUGUUACAACAAUCUCUCUCUCUCUCGUUAUUUUUAUUUUCUCUCAACUUAUCCCUCUUGUCAGUUUCAGCCACCAACACCUUCAUUAAUUAUGAAUGCUCUCAGCAUUGCUUCACCCCGAUGACACCCUAUGACUUCAAUGUCAACUUGUUAUUCACUUCCUUAGUGGACUCAUCGUCUGUUUCCAACUUCAACAAAUUUGAAAUCUGCCUUCCAGGAUCCUCACAGAGCGACGUGGUUUAUGGCCUAUUUCAGUGUCAAGGCGACUUUAGCUUCUCUGAUUGCAAAGACUGUGUGGCAAGCGCUGUGAAUCAACUCAAGACAAUGUGUCCUGUGUCGACUUUUGGAACCAUGCAGUUAGAAGGAUGUCUUGUGAAAUACGAUAACACACCUUUUUUUGGGGUUGAGGAUAAGAGGGAGGUUUUUAAAAGGUGUGGCCCUUCGAUUGAUUAUAAUUCAGAUGUUUUGACCAAUCUAGAUGCGACAUUGACUUAUCUCAUUGAUGGGAACGGACAAUACGUUCGUCGAGGUGGGCAUGGGAGCAUGCACGGUAUGGCUCAAUGUGUACAAGAUUUGAGUAUAAUUGAAUGUGGGUAUUGUCUAUCGGAGGCUAGCAAACGGUUGAAAUCAGAGUGUGAGCUAUCAACUUGGGGUGAUAUGUACUUGGGAAAAUGUUACAUCCGAUAUGUCGAUCAUGGUAACGAUGAUAAUGCACGUAACUGUGAUGGUAACAACAAUCGUCGACAUGACAAAAAAAGGAAAGGUAAUAUUAAAGCAAAAAAUAUAGGACGAUGGUUUCUUACCAAUAUGGCAGGCGGUGUACUUGGAGGGGUUUCUGGUUAUGUUGCUGUUAAGGACGCUGUGGUGACCGGAGCUAUGUGGCUGUUUGGGUGUAUGUGGUGGGGCACGGUGGUUGAUGGUGGUUGGGGAAAAGAUGUAAAGGUUGGAAGCGGUGGCGAUGAAAACAAAUGGGAAAAGAACAAAAAGUGA